AAGCAUGCCUAGGCUCUCUGCUUGUUCCCUCACCAAAAGGGAAGUUACGUAAUCUUUAAAUCAAUGACCCACUUGUUGAUAUGCAUGAACGGGGGGUCGGACAUCAUUAAGGAUGACUAAAUCGGGGGCAAUGCUAUGCUGCACCAUUGCUCCAUUUUGCAUCCAACAUGGCAGGAGGGAAUUGGUGCAAGUUACGAGGAACCAUGUCGGACGAGGAACUUAAUGGUGAAUGUGCCCUUUGCUCUACUUCCUGUUUCUCUCCUCGCUUUCCAAGCAUUUAUGAUCCAUAAAAUGGUAGGCAAGGGAAACCAAUGGCACUUCUAUGUUAUUAAUAUCAUAAGCAGAAGAGAAAUCUCUCAUAUUGUCGAAGGCGAGUAAAGUUAGACCCGAGCCAUGUUUCCAAAGAACAUGUUCUUCUUUCUCAUCCUUACACUCGCUACAGCAUCAGCAGAAGAUGACGAUUUUACUUACAAUGGAUUCGGUUCUGCCAAACUGCGGUUAGAUGGCAUCGCAGAGAUCACUCCCAAUGGCCUCCUAAUGCUCACUGACACUAGACAGCCAGCCAAGGGCCACGCCUUUCUCCCAACUCCCAUCCGUUUUAAGAACUCGACAACUGGGUCUAAAUCGAGCUUAGAGUCUUGGAAGAUUGGGUUGCCGAUAAUCUUGGCAAUACUCUUGUUGUUAAUAAUCGUAAUUGGCAUAAUCCUUCUUGUGAAUAGUAGGAUUAAAUUCAGAGAGGUGUUUGAAGAUUGGGAGGUAGAAUAUGGACCCCAGAGGUUCUGCUACAAGGACCUAUUCUUGGCCACCAAAGGCUUCAGAGACCAACAUCUCUUGGGAGCUGGAGGUUUUGGUAAGGUCUACAGAGGUAUGAUGCCAAACACUGACACCCAAGUUGCAGUUAAGCAGGUCUCGCACGAAUCAAGACAAGGUAUGAGAGAGUUCAUCGCAGAGAUUGUUAGCAUCGGCCGCUUGCGUCACCGGAACUUGGUACAGCUCCUUGGUUAUUGCAGGAGAAAAAGGGAGCUCUUGUUGGUCUAUGAAUUCAUGUCCAAUUCUAGUUUGGACAAGCACCUAUUUAACCAACCUAAGCCGAUGCUUAGCUGGGGACAAAGAUUCCAAAUAAUCAAAGGUGUAGCUUCCGCGCUUUAUUAUUUGCACGAAGGAUGGGAGAAGGUGGUUGUUCACAGAGAUAUCAAGGCCAGCAACAUCCUGCUAGAUGAUCAGAUGAAUGGAAGACUAGGUGAUUUUGGCCUGGCAAGACUCUAUGAUCACGGAAACGAUCCCCAGACUACACAUGUAGUUGGAACUUUGGGUUACCUUGCGCCGGAGCUCGCCAAGACUGGCAAGGCAACUACAAGCACCGAUGUGUUUGCCUUUGGUGGAUUUUUGCUUGAGGUGGCUUGUGGAAGAAGGCCAAUAGAGAUAAGAGCAUCAGAACAAGACAUUGUGUUGGUAGAUAAAGUUCUGGAGUGCUGGAAGGCAGGGACUAUUUUGGAGGCAAGGGAUCUUAAAUUGGAGAAUGAAUAUAUUGCUGAAGAGAUGGAGAUGGUGCUAAAGCUUGGCCUCCUUUGCUCACACCCUAACUUCAGUUCUAGGCCUCCUAUGCGGCUGGUGAUCCGAAUACUGGAACGCGAGGCUCCCCUUCCUGAGAUGUCUGAAGAUGGUUGGAAUGCCGAGAUUUCAGGUUUGGGGAAGGAAGGCUUUGAUGAUAUUGGCAUGUCAGAUAGUUCACUGUUAACCAUGUCUGCCUGCUCAGCAUCAGCAAUGGGAUCUACUCUCUUGACAGGCCGUUGAUAGUGGUAAAUGUUUGUAAAAGUAAUGCUUAAAGUAUAUCUAGCUUCAUGCUAUGAAUGGUACAAAUGCUUUUUAUUGCA